CUAUGCUAUUAUAACCUAUAGUUUUUUGUCUUGGAAUAUUAACUCAUUGUGCAUUAUUAUGGGUAGGUCACCUUGUUGUGAUGAGAUUGGUGUAAAGAAAGGGCCAUGGACAGAAGAAGAAGAUGAGAAGUUGAUUGAUUAUAUCAACAAACAUGGCCAUGGAAAUUGGGGAUCACUGUCAAAGAGGGCAGGUUUGAAUAGGUGUGGCAAGAGUUGUAGGCUAAGGUGGACAAAUUAUUUAAGGCCUGAUAUUAAGAGAGGGAAAUUCACUGAUGAAGAGGAGAGAAUUAUCAUCAACCUUCAUUCAGUUCUUGGAAACAAGUGGUCGAAGAUUGCAACCCAUCUUCCAGGACGAACAGAUAAUGAGAUAAAGAAUUUUUGGAACACAAACAUUAGGAAAAAACUCCUCAAAAUGGGAAUUGACCCAGAAACUCAUAAGCCUAGAACUGACUAUAAUCACCUCAUGAGUCUUUCAAACUUACUUGGCAUGUCAAAUAUAGGCACUGCUUUUGGCAACAACCCUCUUGGCUUACAUCAAGAUAUCACUCACCUAGCCAAAAUUCAAUUGCUUCAAAAUAUGUUACAAAUUAUGAACACAAACAAUUCAUUUGUAAACAUGAGUAACCCUUAUAACCCUUUAGGCAAUAAUAUUCCUAGCCUCAAUCCAUUCAAUAUGUUUUUGAGUGGAACAAACACAAUUCAAACUAAGGAGGAAUAUGCUAUGUCUAGCUUAUACUCUAAUGGACAAAGUGAAUUAUCUCAGCAGGCUGUUUCAAUAGGUGGAUUAAAUCUACAAGAGAUUGAUUAUAGCAAAAUGAAGAGCAUUUCAUGUGAAAAUCGAGAAGAAAUUCCACUUCCUUCAUUGGUUGCUUCCUCUCCAAGAAAAGGAACAUUCAAGCAAAUAGAAAGUGGUUGUGACAAAGCUCAAACUUCCAAUAACACAAUCUUUGAUGAUUGGGAGAAGUUUCUUGAUGAUGAAUCAAAUGGCUCCUAUUGGAAAGAACUUUUGGACUUGACUUCCACUUCUGCGUCACCAAUUUCGUGGUAGAGCUGGAAUAAUUGAUUAUCUUUGAGUAUACAACAAAUUCGUAUAGUUUGAUUCAUUCAUGGCUUUUUAUUUUGUUUAGAUUCAUUUAUAUAAACUUAUACAUGGGAGGUGUACAAAACAAAAGGAUACACAUGCAUAUUUUAUAUUUAUAUAGAAGGUUGCAAAUCA